GAGAGAUAAAAGCUGAUCUCGCGUCAAAUUUCUGAUACUGAUGCGUUAAAGACAUGUGUAUGGAAACGUUUGGAGCGGUUGAUUGUAUUCGAUGUUACCGGUCAUAAUAAGAUUAGAAGCCAGUUUUUUAUUUUUCUCUCUUAUUUACAAAUUUCCCUGAUCGCCUGCACAGCAUUUUCAGUAUAAAUGUCGGCUUGGAAGUGAGGAUAGUGUCGUGAGAGUGUUGUGUUAAAUUGGAGUUUUUCGUUCGCGUUGCGAAAUGUCUUCGCCUCGCGUUGAGACCGUGGAGGCAGCAGAAGAAAAUAAGUCAGAAACUGUGGAAAAAGGAAGGAGGGUGGAAAGUUGCUCCAAAAGCGCGGAGUCCCUACCCUCGUCUUCGGAGGACGCUCCGAAAAAUGACAGGGAUGCCUCAGCUGAGAGCCCCAUCAGCAGGAAGAGAAAGCAUCCUCAGGACUCGGAAGCCACCAAGGUCCCAAAGAGCUCCGAGGGACAGGAUGCACUUAAUGUCAACAUACCAUCAGACUUAUCAAUAGGGAGUACAAGAGAAGAAAGGAACGUGACCGAAACCGAAAGACCCUCAGAUCAUACAAAUGCUGUUGCAGCACAUUAUAAUGCAAUUGAAGAAAAAGGUUUAUCUGCCAGAUCUCAAAGCCGCAUAGUAUAUAUGCGAAAUUUUAAUAAUUGGGUAAAAAGUAUGCUCAUAAAUGAAUACAUGCAGAAAAUAAUACAAGACAAACGUCACGGUGAUCCUAUAAAAGUAUUAGACAUGUGUUGUGGAAAAGGAGGAGACCUAUUAAAAUGGAAGAAGGCGAACAUUACACACCUGAUAGCUGCUGAUAUCGCAGGAGUUUCAGUAGAGCAAUGUCAAAUUCGUUAUAAGGAUUUGACACGCGACAGAUCUAGGGAUUCAGGCUUCGCACCUCUGUUUAAGGCUGAAUUUCUAACAGCCGAUUGUACAAAGGUUCGCUUGAGAGAAAAAUACAAGGACCCCAGUAUGGAAUUGGACCUCACUAGUUGCCAAUUCUCUCUCCAUUAUAGUUUCGAAUCUCUACCGCAAGCAGAGUGCAUGCUUAGAAACGCCAGCGAAAGUCUUCGGACAGGCGGUUUCUUUAUUGGCACCAUUCCCGACGCCUAUGAAUUAGUAUCUCGAUGGCAGAAGAGUGAUGGAAAUAAAUUCGGUAAUGACGUUUUCAGCGUGGAAUUUCAAUCCAAUGAUAAAGAUCAGCCACCCCUUUUCGGAGCCAAGUAUAACUUCAACCUCGAAGGUGUAGUUAAUUGUCCGGAGUUUCUUGUGCAUUUACCAACGCUCAUUAAACUGGGGGAAAAGUUUGGUUUGGAGCUAGUAUUAUACGAAAGAUUCGGUGAAUUUUUCGAAAGAAUGAAGAAUGAGGGUAAAUCGUUGCUUGGAAAGAUGCAGGCUUUGGAAACUUACCCACCUUAUCACGAAGCACCUCUGCUGGGUAAGCACCCUGAUGAUUAUCAAUAUGCUGCGGAGUAUAUGGUAGGCUCUACAGGCCACCGAAAAAUCGGAACACUGUCCCAGUCUGAAUGGGAAGCCACAUCUCUGUACGCUGUUUUUGCGUUUAAAAAGAAGAGAACAUCAUGGUCCGCUGAUGCGAAACCAGAAUACACGUGAAAUUGUAAACAUUUUAUUUUUAAAAAAAAUCAAUUGUUGUUGACGAAAUUAUGCCAUGGUGAAAAAAGAUUGUGUGCUCCUUUACCGCGUAACGUAUCUAUACACUAUUUUAUUAUUUUAAGGCAUCGUACAUAAAUGAAUUGUAGCAUAAUAAGCUGAUUUUUUGACAAUGAAUUUUUUUAAUGAAUUUAAUUUAAAAA